GCGCCUCCUCGCACACGGGCCGGGCGAGCCCUGGCUUUCCCCUCCGGAGAGCCGCCCUCGGAGCAAAGACCAAGAGGGGGAGGGCCGCCUGCGGGGACGCUGUGGUCGUCUACACUGUUCUCUUGGCUCCGGCUCUGCCCUUCUCGCCGGCGGCUUCCCUCCCGCUUCUGCUCCGUUCCCUGGGCUCCCCGCGCAGACCAGACGGGCUGGGGGGAGGGGGGUCUCCGUCUGAGGGCAGCCUAGGGAGGGGCGGCUGUCAGGGGGGCGGGCCGGAGGGACCUGCGUCGGGCCUCGGGCUUGGGGCAACGGUGGGGGCGCCCAGACCCGCGGCCCGUCUGCAGGGCCCCCUAAGGCGCUCCAUGGCUGUGUGGAGCCCCGGAGACUUCAGCAGAACUGUCAGCCCUGCGGGAGGAGGAGUCGGGCUGGGCAGAGGCCAGAGCAGGGGCGCCCCCUGGCUGCCAUGGGGGGGGCUGGCCGAGGAGCACAGCCUAGAGAGGGUCCCGGAGGGGCUCCUGUUGCCCUUCGGGGCGCCUCGCUCCCAGCUUUCCGCUUCUUCCCCACGAGCAGGCCAUCCCGUCUCCAAGCCGAAUGUGAUCUUCCAGUUAGAGCAGAGCGAAGCGCCAUGGAUGCCCGAAGGAGAAGCGGCCAGAAGCCUACCUCCAGAUUGGGAGGCCAGGUUUGAAACCAAGGAGGCAAUUGCAAAGGCUUGUUUUGCUAUGGAAAAAUCAUUCCAAGAAAGCUUUACCUGGCAUGGUUCCUGGGGUUCUAAUUGGGGGGAAUCUUGGGAAUGUGGUAGCAGGUUUAAGAGGCAUCAGGGGAACCAGGAGAGAAAUGUCAGGCAAAUACCACUUGCCCACAAGAAAACUGAGGAGCCAAGGGGUCAGAAAUAUAAUGACUUUGAGAGACGUUUCUGUUCAGACCCAAUUCUUAUGACACCACAGAGUGCUGGAAAGAGUAUCCCUAGGUAUGAUUCACAUCGACUUUGCUUUGAACAACAUACAGACCUAAUUCAACUUGAUAGGAUUGCCUCAGGGAAAAAACCUUGUCAUUAUGAUGAAUGUAGUAUUACCUUCAGUUACUCCUCAGACCUUGUUCAGUAUCAUAGAAUACUUAAUGGAGAGAAAACUUAUACAUGUUAUGAAUUUGGGAAAACCUCUCACCAAGGUGACCUUACACAACAGCAGAAAACCUCCACUGGAGAGAACCUCUACAUAUAUAAUGAACAUGGGAAAGCCUUUGGUGAUAGCUUGUCCCUUACUCUGCAUCAGAGAAUUAAUACCGGAGAGAAUCUCUGUGUUUGUGAUGUAUGUAGGAAAGUCUUGAGUGACAGCUUGUCCCUUACUCCACUUCAGAGAAUUCCAUUUGGAGAGAAAUCCUUUAAAUGUCAUGAAUGUGAGAAAUUGUUCAGUCAGCACACAAGCCUGCUUAGACACCAGAGGAUUCAUACAGGUGAAAAACCUUAUAAAUGUAGUGAAUGUGGAAAAGCCUUCAGUCAGUGCACAAACCUCAUCCGACAUCAGAGAGUCCAUACCGGGGAAAAACUCUUUAGAUGUAAUGAAUGUGGUAAGACUUUCAGCAACAGUUCAUCCUGCAGUAUACACCAGAGAAUUCACACUGGAGAGAAACCCUAUCAGUGUGGUGACUGUGGACAAGCCUUUAGUCAACAGGGCAGUCUUAUUCAACAUCAAAGGAUUCAUACAGGAGAGAAGCCCUUUAAGUGUAAAAAAUGUGGAAAAGCCUUCAGCCAAAAUAUACACCUUACUCAACAUCAGAGACUUCAUACAGGAGAGAAAAUUUAUAAAUGCAAUGAAUGUGGUAAGGCCUUCAGCAACAGCUCAACUCUUAUUCUACAUAAUAGGAUUCACACUGGAGAGAAACCAUAUGAAUGCAAUGAAUGUGGAAAAACCUUUAGCCAGUACACAACUCUUAUUCAACACCAGAGAAUUCACACAGGAGAGAAGCCCUACAAAUGUAAUGUCUGUGAAAAAACCUUCAGUCAGAGCACAAGCCUUAUCCGUCAUCAGAAAAUUCAUACUGGAGAGAAACUUUGCAUAUGUCAUGAAUGUGGACAAGCCUUCAGUCAGCAAGGAAGUCUUACUAAGCAUCAAAGAAUUCAUACUGGAGAGAGGCCCUAUAAAUGCAAUGAAUGUGGAAAAGCCUUCACCCAAAGUAUGAACCUUACACGACAUCAAAGAAUUCACACUGGAGAAAAGUUAUAUAAAUGUAAUGAAUGUGGUAAAGCUUUCAGCAAUGGCUCAUCACUUACUCAACAUGAGAGGAUUCACACCGGAGAAAAACCCUAUAAUUGUAGUGAAUGUGGCAAGGCCUUUAGUAAUAGCUCCUCAGUUACUCAACAUGAAAGAAUUCAUACUGGAGAAAAACCUUAUAAGUGUAAUGAAUGUGGGAAAGCCUUCACACAUAGUAUGAAUCUUACUCGACAUCAGAGAACUCAUACGGGAGAGAAACCCUAUCACUGUAAUGAAUGUGGAAAGUCUUUCAGCCAGAAUAUGAACCUUACCCGACAUCAAAGAAUCCAUACUGGGGAGAAACCCUACAAAUGUAAUCAGUGCGACAGAGCCUUCAACCAAAGCACAUCCCUUGCUGAGCAUCAGAAAACACAUAGGAAAGAAGCUGAGAAAUAUAAUAAAUGCAACCGGCUUUUAGCUGCAGCUGAUGCUAUCAAGGAUUGUGUUUGAUUUUUGUUUUUGAGAAAAGGUCAUUCAUCUAUGAAUGUGGGGAAGCCUUACCAAACAUCAGAUCAUUUCUAGUAGUGAGAAGUAUAGUAAAUGUGGUGAAAAUGUAAAGCCCUUCAGGUAGGGUUCAGUUCUCAACAGACACCUCAGAGCAGCAAGAAUAUAUGGUCAUGUUAUAGUGUGGGCAGAUUCUCAUUCUCAUUUUCCUUUAAUGCUUUUAGUGAAUCUGUGGUCUCACUGACAGAGGUAUUCCUUCCAUCAAUAUUGAUUGCCACCCAUUGUACCCUCUCAUCUGUGGUAAUUUUCAUCCACAUCAUCCCAUAGAGCUCCUACCCCCAAGAAUCCAUCUUGUAUGCUACAGACCAUCCUCUGGUAUCUUGCAUUUUAUAAGUUCCUAUUAAGUGUCCACCUGUAAGCUUUCACUUUUUCCACAUGACCUCACCUAACUUCUGGUCAUGUGUUUCCUCAAUGGUAUCUCUUAUGCCAUUUCUUGCACACAGAUCAUCACUGGAAAAAUAUCAUAGCUUACCUAGAUUCACCUUCUCUUUCCUUUAGGUCAUCUGCAAAUUUUGUUUCCAUGGAGAUGGUGGUAUUCCAAUACAUGCAACAAUAUGCCAUCCUUACAAAAUCAUUUAUGUUGACAAGCCAGUAAACUGUGGGGUCAUUAAUAUUGGUGCAUAAUUUCCUCACUAUAAUUUCUGCUCUAGCAACUUGUUCUAAUGGGGUAAUUCAAUGGAUUAUAUGUCUAUAGCUAUAUGUCAUAAUCACAGGUAACAGAAAUUUUUCAUUCAUUUGCUUUAUCCAGUAUCAAUUGCUAAGCCAAGCUCUCCUUUAAUAAUUAUGAGUCUUACUGAAAAGACCCUGCAGUUUUCAAAUUUUCAGGGGAUAGGAGGUGAGCAGGGAGGGAUGUAGUUAGAUUACCCAAUAUUAUCCACUGACAGCAUUGGAGGACAGUUCUUCAAGUUAGGUGACACCAACAAAACAUACAUUAAGACCUUAGAUUAGGGCAAGCACUAUGCAGAAAUUCUGGGGAAAUAAAGCAAGGAGCUUGCAUUCUAAUAGAAAUCUGCUGUAGGAAAUCGCCUCCAUUUUAUACCUGGUGCAAAAAAUCCAUCACAGCAGUGGCAAAAAUAUGGAUUUGGGCAAGUAUACAUUUCCCUGUUUGUGCCUCAUAACAUUAAAGAUUCGGGUAUUGUUGCACUGUCAUCUUUGUGAAUGUAUUUAUCAAGGAAUAUUGUAUGAACUUAACAUAUGCAUGAGACCCUCCUUUGGGGGGGGGGGAGUCUUUUGAGGAGGUACUUUGCUCUAUCUAGUUAAAUGUCUAUUGUUUGGGGUUUUUUGGUAGUCGGUGAGCAUAUAUUGUGAGGUCUUGUAUUCUUGGCACCAUUCAGUCAACUAAUUGUGACUAAGGAUGUCUGAUGUAGAGAAUUUUUUUUGGUGGGGGGGGGUAGCCUGCUUAUUACAUUUUCAUUCCAAAUAUCUUUAAUAUGCACAUAGAUCAUUCUCAUAAUGUUUUUAAGAAUGAGAAAAUUAGGAUAUGGGUUGGUAGCUAUUUGUAUUCUCUCAAGUCUUUGUGGGCAUUUGGAGGCUAGCAAUCUGGACUGAUUCCCUGGCAAUCCAAGUGGCAAGCAUGUGCCAGAGAGUUCCUACAGUGGGAUUCUAUUUGGGGCAGAGAGGAUGAACAUAUUUGGAGGUGCCCUUGUCCACUGUAGCUAGAAAAUUCCAGCUGUCCUCCUCAACUGGAAGGGGGGAGUGUCAGUAGGUUGCCCACCAUUGUAUCUUUAUCCUAAGUGACACUAAGGAUUUUGCAUCUGAUGAAACCCACUGUGAACCCCAGAGUCAGGAAAAUUCAAGUCCAAGGCAGCUACACCUCUGAGGCUAUUAUUGCAGGUCUCCUGUUCUGAUGUUUUCUUCCAAUAAACUAGUCUAUAACCAUAA